UUUUUUCCUGGGUCCGCUCCUCAGAUUUUCGUAUCUCUUUGAUUUGUAUUUGUAUUUCUCCUUUUUGUGAUCAUCAGAGCUCUGAGUAUUGAUUUCCAGUUCUUGAAUUGAGGAAGAAGCUCCUGUGACUGCAAGAGUUGUUGAUUUCUUCAUUUGUUGGAGUGAUUAUGGCUGGUAUGUGCUGUGGAGUGAAUAUUGGUGAGACGGAGGCCACCGCCCCGGUUGAGCCCAGUUCGAAAUCUGCACGGAGGAGGAGGAUGGAGAUCCACCAGUUCAACUUUGUGCCCACCGAUUCAACGGUGGCGCCGCCGCUUGAGGAUGGCGGUUCAAGGAAGAGGCAGAAGAUGGACGCGGUGGUUCCUGUUUUGCCACCGAGGGAGUGCGUGAACGCUGUUGAGAACUGCGAAGUUCAGGAGGAGGAGAAGGUGGAGGAAUAUGAGAGUCAGCUGUCCGGGGAGAUAACGCCGGAGACAACGCCUUUUGAUCUAUCCGCAUCGCCCUCGGGUUCGCAAAGUGAACUUUGUCUCUUUCCGGAGCGCCCGAAAUUCGGGAUGACCUCUGUCUGUGGGCGGAGGAGAGACAUGGAAGAUGCUGUAGCCAUUCACCCUUCUUUCUGCGGCCAUGACCGUAGUUUUCCGGGCGGGUUGCAUUUUUUUGGGGUUUACGACGGCCACGGCUGCUCCCAUGUGGCGACGAGAUGCAAGGACCGAAUGCACGAAAUAGUAAGAGACGAGUUCCAAAAUGGAGGCUCGUCGUCGUGGGAGCAAACGAUGUUUGAGAGUUUCUCAAAAAUGGAUAAGGAAGUCGUCGAGUGCUGCAGCGGCAGAAACGGAUUCUCCGCCUCCACUUGCCGCUGCGAACUGCAGACCCCGCAGUGCGACGCCGUCGGAUCCACCGCUGUUGUGGCUGUGGUCACUCCCGACAAGAUCGUCGUCUCAAAUUGCGGUGAUUCUCGGGCCGUUCUUUGCCGGAACGGCGUUGCAAUUCCCCUUUCCGUUGAUCAUAAGCCGGACCGUCCAGACGAGCUCAACCGCAUACAAGAAGCCGGCGGCCGGGUCAUAUUCUGGGACGGCCCCAGAGUUCUUGGAGUCUUAGCCAUGUCCCGAGCAAUCGGCGAUAAUUACUUGAAGCCGUACGUGAUAUCGGAGCCGGAGGUGACCAUAACAGAGAGAACGGCGGAGGACGAGUGUUUAAUUCUAGCAAGUGACGGUCUCUGGGAUGUCGUCUCCAACGAAACCGCUUGUGGGGUGGCGCGUAUGUGCCUUCAGUCCCGGAAACCGCCGUCUCCUCCGAGGUCGCCGGGAAAUGACAUCAUCGUGACGGAGGCGGGGGAGAGCUCCGACAAGGCUUGCUCCGAUGCCUCGAUCCUGCUGACGAAGUUAGCCUUGGCCCGUCACAGCACCGAUAACGUUAGCGUGGUGGUGGUGGAUUUGAGGAGGAGCUGAUGAAAUCAAAAUCGAUGACGAGCUCGCUCUUUAUUUUUUUUCCUUUUUUGUUUUUUUAACAAAUUAAUAUUAGUAGAUAUAGAGGCAUAUAUAUAUAUAUAAUAUUUUAUUUUUAGUAAUUGCAAAAAAUACGGAAGUUGGGAAAUUCAAAUACACCCUCUGGUAGAUCUUAGAUUUUAGUUUGUAGGAUAUGAUGAUGUGAGGCAUUCUACUACUUCAAAAUGAAAUGAAAUUUAUCAAAAUCGUGUUCCUCAA